GUUAUGUAUACGCUAAUAUCUGUCACUAUCUAGGGAAGCAUCAGUUUGUAAAUAAACAAGUUAACAAUGGACGAACAUUGGCCCCAUUAUGGACUGAUUGCAGCUUGCACUCCCAUGGCCAUCACGCAGUAAUUUGUAUUGCAAAAUAUCAGCCAUGGCGCCCACGUCAAACUGGCAAUGUUUCAUUGCUGCGGCAUUACUCUGUGUCCUUUGCUUUCCUGCUGAAUCUUGUGGCGAGACACUUCAGCUGAGCGCCCUCCACGGCCAGUUGGCGUCGCCCAGUUACCCGGAUCCCUAUGGCGACAAUGAGGACUUGGCCUGGAAUAUCAGCCUGCCUCAAGGCUACACCAUAGACUUGUACUUCAGUCUCUUCCAGUUGGAGCCCUCCAACAAUUGCGAGUAUGACUACGUUAAGGUGCUGAGUAAAGGCAAGGAGCUGGUCACUUACUGCGGCAAUGAAAUCGUCAUGGAAGACAGGACUCCACACAACGUUCACCUGACGUCACCUAAUAACAACAUGUUAGUCAGGUUCCACUCAGAUUUCUCCAACGAGGAGCCAUUUCUAGGAUUUCUGGCGCAUUACCGGGCCGAAGACAUUGAUGAAUGUGCAGUGGAGAACGGUGGCUGCCAGCAACUGUGCCACAAUUUCGUGUCUGGCUUCUACUGCUCCUGCCGGAUGCACUACGAACUGCAACCAGACAAUCACAGCUGCAGAGUGUCCUGCAGAGAUCUCUUGUACACCUACGAGUCAGAUGAAUUCCAGACACCAGACUACCCGCAAGAGUACCCGAACGAUGCAGACUGCAAUUGGGUGGUUCGCGUGGAAAGCGGCUUCGUCAUCAACCUCGUCUUCCAAAGCUUCGCACUGGAGUCGCACCCAGAUGUGCACUGUCCGUACGACUAUGUCACGGUUCACUACGAUGGCACUGACCUUGGUCCCUACUGCGGAGAGUCGCAAGCUGAUUGGCCCCCUAACAUAGUGACGUCAGGCCACGAGGUAAACGUCAUAUUUCACUCGGAUAAUUCUGAGCAAAGGACGGGUUUCCAUGCGAGGUACUUCGUCACAGCCCGCCCUUGCCCGCCCCUCACUGCUCCGGCACACGGCUCAAUCAUAGGCAGUAAUUUCACCUUCAAGCAAUCCGUAUCCUUCCGCUGUAAAGCGGGUUACUUUGUCAACGGAUCGUCUUCCAGAACAUGCCAAGGCAACGGCACCUGGUCUGGUACCCAACCUUUCUGCCAGAUCGUGACAUGUGACACCCCUCCCACAAUCAGCAACGGCAGAAUCCUGUUCUAUUCAGGAAGCAAUUUCAGCUACACUAACUCUAUCGGCUACGAGUGCAAUCGCUUCUACGAGCUGCACGGUAUGAGCUUCAGGGAAUGUCAGGCCAACGCCACCUGGUCCUUCCAGAAUCCCACCUGCGUGCCUAUUUGCGGUGAGAGCUCGAUUGAUCCCCGGGAGCGUGGAUCGGAGACGCGCAUCGUGGGCGGUCGAGAGGCCGUACGGGGUUCCUGGCCCUGGCAGGCCCUGGUCAAAGUCUACGCUCCCGAGCACGACUUCGUGACCGAAGAGUCCUUCUGCGGCGGCUCGCUGCUCAACGAGGAGUGGGUGCUGACGGCGGCUCACUGCGUGACGGGGAGGAACGAGAACCGGCCACGCUUCUAUGGGAAGCGCGUGCCCACAGACGCCUUGGAAAUGUACCUGGGCGUCCACAAUCGUCAACAACAUACAACAGAAACUUUGUAUACUUCCGUGCAGGAAAUCAUCAAACAUCCCGAGUACGACGCAGAGAGCUGGGACUCGGAUGUGGCCUUGCUCCGCCUCAACCAGUCUGUCCAGCUUACCGACUACAUCCGCCCGAUCUGUCUGCCCGAGCAGAACCGGCGGCCUGGGCGGAACGACGACUCAACGGUACGCAUCCGGAACGUAGCCGACGGGGAGGACGAAGGCGUUGUCAUCGGCUGGGGUCGGAAGGACUAUAAUCGACCGACCUCGAAUGUGCUGCGUGAGGUGUACGUUGGCGUGAAUGUGCCUAGGGAUGAGUGUAACGAAGCCAUGGAGUUCCGGCACGUCACACGGAACAUGGUGUGUGCUGGGCCCCGUGAAGGUGGAAGAGACGCAUGCACCGGAGACAGUGGCGGGCCGCUGAUGUUGCGGCACGCUACCACCGGCCGCUACUUCCCGUACGGUAUGGUGUCCUGGGGCGAAGGCUGCGGGGACGAGGGCAAGUACGGCGUCUACGUGCGCACCGAAAACUUUGUGGACUGGAUCAAAUCCAUCAUCGAGAUAGAACGUUAAUGGACUUGUAAAUACCCGGAAUUCACGUCUGUUCGUAACCCCCAAAAUGGACGCGUUACAGCGCCCUCUUGCGCUCAAAAUAGAUAUGGGCUAUUAAUGAGACGGAGGGCGUUGUAACGUCAGGUACAUGUACAAACAAACGUGAAUCCUGGACUAUGACGUCUUUUUUUACAUGUUGUUGUAGAUCAAAAAUUACUCUUUUUGAACAAAAUUAUAAAUUUGAAGUAAAAGCUGCUAAAUUGCUCCAGUAUCAUGAUCUUUUUAAUGUUAAUACCCAGAAUUAGAAAAUGGCGUCAUGACAUGCAGCGCCCUCGUUGGUUGCUAAAAAAAAAUGCGGCUUAUUCAUGUGGUGCAAGGGGAAUUAAUCUGAACGUAAGACUUCAGAAGAAAAUCUGUAAUGUGAUAUUUGAGUCUUUACGCAGUGGAGAGAACAGCUUAACAGAAGGAGGCAAGUUCAAGUUCACAUCUCUGGUUCCUCUUAGAAACACCUCCCUCUUAUCAGAGAUAAUAAUAACACAACAUGAUGCAUCUGCAAAAUUUUCUCCGGAAUGGUCCUCUCUUAGAUUCCGCCUUUCUCCAAGUAAGGUAUUAACGCACAGUCUUAUAAAUCCUUUUAUUUAAGAGAAAUAAGGCUUUCGUUAAUAUCUUAAGCCAACAUAUAGUUGUUUGUUUUAAUCGCGCAUUGUCUAUUUCGCUUUGCUCGUUUAGAUGUUCGUUUAGUUGCCUGUGAAUUUGUAUGCACGUAAGCUUAUGCUUAGUAGUUUCUGUGUGUGCUUCGAAAAUUCAAUAUAUGGUAGGCCGUGUUCGAAUUAUUUGUUUACGGCUUGAAACUACACACGUGUCUAUGGUAGCGGCUGCAGCCAAUUUCCAUAGACCCGUGUGCAAUUUGAAGCCGUUGCCUAAUAUUGGGCCAAUGCUUAGUUGCUUGCUUACUUGUCCGCUUCCUGUAUUUCCUGCGCUUAGUACCAAUUAACUGUAUUUGCUUACUUGCUUUGUCUUAUCUUUACUUAGGGCCUAAUGAUAUAAAAGCUUCUUAGCUUAACCAUUAAACAACUGACAAACAUUCUUGAUUGCUACAGAUAACUAAUUUUAUUGUUAUGCAAUAUACGUAUAUAUCAAAAAAAAUAAUGCUGACAAAAAGUUUUUAAUUGUUACAAUAAUGCAUGAAAAUGAAAACAUGAUUUAAAGCAGCCUUUUUGUCAACAAUUA